AUGUAUUGGGGGGAAGUUAUGGCUUGCCAUAUGGGUCGGGGUGUGAUGGAGGAGGAGGCAUGGAGGAAGGGACCUUGGACUUCUGAAGAGGACAAGUUGCUUGUUGAGUAUGUCAGGCUGCAUGGUGAAGGAAGAUGGAACUCUGUUUCUAGGCUUGCAGGAUUGAAAAGAAAUGGGAAGAGCUGCAGAUUGAGGUGGGUGAAUUAUCUGAGGCCUGACCUGAAGAGGGGACAGAUAACACCACAAGAAGAGAGCAUAAUUCUAGAGUUGCAUGCUAGGUGGGGAAACAGAUGGUCAACAAUUGCAAGGAGUUUACCAGGGAGAACUGACAAUGAGAUAAAAAACUAUUGGAGGACUCAUUUCAAGAAAAAGGCUAAAAGUCCCUCUGAUGCAGCAGAGAAGGCAAGAAAUAGACUCCUGAGGAAGCAGCAAUUUCAGCAGCAACAACAACAACAAUUGCAGCAGCAACAGCAUCAGGCACAACAACAACAACUACAAUUCAACUUUGACAUGAAAGGCAUCAUGGCCUUGCUUGAAGACAACACACAUAGAGCACCCUAUGCAUCUCAAUCUAGACAAGAAAUGGUCAACAUGCAACAAAACAGCACAGAAGAGCAAGGAUUCUUGUACUCUAUGCUCAAUGGCCACCCUUCUGCACAAGAUACCUCAGCUGACGAAAUUUUGUGGGAUGGUCUGUGGAACAUGGAUGAUGUUCAUGGCAAUUCCAAUGUGCAUAGUGCAGCAAGCAAAGUUGGUCUAUACAGUUUAGUUGCUCCCUUCUGUUAA